AUGGCCCUUACCGACAAAGGGGACAUGGCAUAUCUCCCUCAAGAGAUCUUCCAGAUGAUCAUUCAGCACUUACAGCCUGUCGAUCUCGUCCGAUGUCGUGGCGUAUCCUCUGCAUGGUAUCGAGCCUUUACGAAUCCAGUCAAUCUCGCCCAGGUCCUAAAAGACAAAUUUUCCCGAGCAAAGGAAGUGAGGGAGCUCUUCAGCCAAACCAAAGGUCCAACGCCGUACGAAUCGCUUUAUACUGAAUUCUCAAAUAAAUGGCGGGCUAUUUUCGAUAUCGUUACAGAACGCUACUAUCGUUUGGAGCAUGGCAUACCUCGCUCGAUACAGAGAUUCGACCUUCAACGAGAAACUCUUAGGGGUGGCUAUCAAUUCUUUGGUGUGCGACCGUGGGACCAUCAUUCAAGUCAUUCCGGGCAUAGAAUUGACAUGUUAUUUUCGCAUGCAUUCUGGACAUAUGAGGAUUGCCUGGUUGUUUAUCCGGACAAACACGAACAGAGCCUGAUUCUCUUAGAUGUGGAGACUGAGGAACAGUUCAUGGUACCGUUCGUCCUUACGGAUAAAGUCAUACGAAGACUACGCCUGCAUGAUCGCUUGCUUGUGAUCGAAUGGGUUGAAAGCGAACCAUUUCAUUGGCUGAAUGACCGAGACCGUGUUCACCGUCACUAUGCUACGUCUUUCGAAGUCAAUGCGGUUGGCCGAGGUUGGGAUAUUGUUCUACGCAACGAAUUGAAGAUCAUGUUCCUGGGACACCCCUUGGGUGAUAGAGAUCGAUUCUACUCAUGUCAUACCCGCAAUCACUAUGCAAUCUAUGUUUGGCAGCCGAAUCGCAGUCUAUACACUGCGGAUGAAGACGCGCCUAUCGAAUCUCUAUCUAUCUAUGACAUUUCUACGGCUUCUGAAUACAAGUCAUCACAGGACCCAACAGGUCGAUCCAUAGAUAGUGGGCCAAGACAAGUUGCCAGCUUUGCCUUUCGAGAACUCCAAUUCUAUUCCGUAAGGCAAAGAGGCUUCCCAGCCAUCAUGAGAAUGGAUCUUGACAGCCAAUCAAACUCAAUUUCUAUCACGGAGGUAAGAGACACUGGCCGUGUGGAUUUUAACGUUUUGGAACAUAGCCCUUGUGUACAAGUUGUAACCAUACCAUUCAUUGGUCAAGGUCCUGCAUUGCAGCGAAAGGUAACGACAUACUAUCCUCCGUACCGUGGAAACUGCAGCAUGGAAAUUGCUCCCUGGACGGUCACACGGCCAUGGGCAUGCUAUUGGGCGAUUUGUGAGAGUACCGAUGAGGAAGCUCAUGUAUCUUUCUGCCUUUCGUACUUCUCCUCUAAGGCCCAAGUAGGCUUCGAGAUAGAUCCUCUCAUGUUAACGAUUCAUACGCCUCAGUCGAUCAAGACCUUAUCUAUAGAACUGUCCAAGAAUGUGGCUUUCAAGGGCAAGAUUUGUGGCGAUGAGCGCUUCGUCGUUGGUGAAAAUGAUAGCAACCAAUUGGUGAUCAUGAAGUUCUAA